AUGUCUGUUCCAUCGUCACUGAGCCAGUCGGCCAUUAAUGCCAACAGCCACGGAGGCCCCGCCCUGAGCCUACCCCUGCCCCUGCACGCUGCCCACAACCAGCUGCUCAACUCCAAGUUGCAGGCCACGGCUGUGGGACCCAAGGACCUGCGCAGUGCCAUGGGGGAGGGUGGUGGGCCUGAGCCAGGCCCUGCCAAUGCCAAGUGGCUAAAAGAGGGCCAGAACCAGCUCCGGCGGGCUGCCACGGCCCAUCGUGACCAGAACCGCAACGUGACCUUGACCCUGGCAGAGGAGGCCAGUCAGGAGCCUGAGAUGGCACCCUUGGGCCCCAAAGGCCUGAUGCACCUGUACUCAGAGCUGGAGCUCUCCGCCCACAAUGCAGCCAACAGAGGGCUCCGAGGAUCUGGUCUGAUCAUCAGCACCCAAGAGCAGGGGCCAGAUGAAGGAGAGGAGAAGGCAGCAGGGGAGGCCGAGGAGGAUGAUGAGGAAGAGGAUGAGGAGGAGGAGGAGGAGGACUUGUCUUCUCCCCAAGGGCUGCCCGAGCCCCCGGAGAGUGCGGAGAUGCCCCCCAGACCCCAGGCCCUUGCCGACGGUCCCCGAGAGCACAGCAAGAGUGCCAGCCUCCUGUUUGGCAUGCGGAACAGUGCAGCCAGUGAUGAGGACUCAAGCUGGGCUACCUUAUCCCAGGGCAGCCCCUCCUAUGGCUCCCCGGAGGACACAGUCAGGAUUCCUGGUUUCCUUGGUAACGGGAAGCACGUCAGCAGUCUGGGCGCUCCCAGCCAUCCUGGUGCUGCGGUUGCCGAGGAGACGCUGCAGCCUAGCUGGGCCCUGGCAGAUUCCUUCUGGAACCCCAACGCCUUCGAGACGGAUUCCGACCUGCCGGCUGGAUGGAUGAGGGUCCAGGAUACCUCAGGGACCUACUACUGGCACAUCCCAACAGGGACCACCCAGUGGGAGCCCCCGGGCCGGGCCUCUCCUUCACAGGGGAACAGCCCCCAAGAGGAGUCUCAGCUCACUUGGACAGGCUUUGCCCAUGGAGAAGGCUUUGAGGAUGGAGAAUUUUGGAAGGAUGAACCCAGUGAGGAGGCCCCGAUGGAUUUGGGGCUGAAGGACCCUGAGGAGGGGACAUUGUCCUUCCCAGCUCAGAGCCUCAGCCCAGAGCCAUUACCCCAAGAGGAGGAGAAGCUGCCUCCACGGAAUGCCAACCCAGGGAUCAAGUGUUUCGCCGUGCGCUCCCUAGGCUGGGUGGAGAUGACCGAGGAGGAGCUGGCCCCUGGACGCAGCAGUGUGGCAGUCAACAACUGCAUCCGUCAGCUUUCCUACCACAAAAACAAUCUGCACGACCCCAUGUCUGGGGGCUGGGGGGAGGGAAAGGACCUACUGCUACAGCUGGAGGACGAGACACUAAAGCUGGUGGAGCCACAGACUCAGGCCCUGCUGCAUGCCCAGCCCAUUGUCAGCAUUCGCGUGUGGGGCGUCGGGCGGGACAGUGGAAGAGAGAGGGACUUUGCCUACGUAGCUCGUGAUAAACUGACCCAGAUGCUCAAGUGCCACGUGUUUCGCUGUGAGGCACCUGCCAAGAACAUCGCCACCAGCCUGCAUGAGAUCUGCUCUAAGAUCAUGGCCGAACGGCGUAAUGCCCGCUGCUUGGUAAAUGGACUCUCCCUGGACCACUCUAAACUUGUGGACGUCCCUUUCCAAGUGGAAUUCCCAGCACCCAAGAAUGAGUUGGUACAAAAGUUCCAAGUCUAUUACCUGGGGAACGUGCCUGUUGCUAAACCUGUUGGGGUAGAUGUGAUAAAUGGGGCCCUGGAGUCAGUCCUGUCCUCUAGUAGCCGUGAGCAGUGGACCCCAAGUCAUGUCAGCGUGGCCCCUGCUACCCUUACCAUCUUGCAUCAGCAGACGGAAGCAGUGCUGGGGGAAUGUCGGGUGCGUUUCCUCUCCUUCCUGGCUGUGGGCAGAGAUGUCCACACAUUUGCAUUCAUCAUGGCUGCCGGCCCAGCCUCCUUCUGUUGCCACAUGUUCUGGUGCGAGCCUAAUGCUGCCAGCCUCUCAGAGGCUGUGCAGGCUGCCUGCAUGCUCCGCUACCAGAAGUGUCUGGAUGCACGCUCCCAGGCCUCCACCUCCUGCCUCCCGGCACCCCCUGCAGAGUCCGUUGCCCGCCGUGUAGGGUGGACUGUCCGCAGGGGCGUUCAGUCGCUGUGGGGUUCCCUCAAGCCCAAACGCCUGGGGGCCCAUACCCCCUGA